AUGGCGUUCCUCCGCCAGCUGCGCUCCCCCCGCCUCUCCUUCGUCCAGACCGUGGUGUCCCUCUUCACGGGCGGCCUCGCCCUCAUGUCCUCCUACUGGUGCGAGGGCCGGCAGAAGGUGCCCAAGCCGCUGUGUUCGCCCGUCAAGCUCAGCAACUGCAUCCCGGUGCCCGGCGUCUCCAACUCCUCCACCGUCCAGUUCUCCUGGGAGACCGGAGACGACCGCUUCGUCUUCCCCGUCUUCCACACGGGGCUGUUCCUCAUCUGCGAGGAGGACAUCUACGUGGAUGCGGCGGGAGCCAAAUACGGUUCUCAGAUUACAGCCGCUCGAUCAUGUACGUGGUCAGCUGCACGCUGCUGUCCGGUCAGCUGUGCGUGGGGGCGUGGUGCCUUCGCCGCCGUCUUCACGGUCCUCGGAGGCCUGCUUGGGAUGGUGGGUCACAUGAUCUUCAUGCAGGUGUUUCAGACCACGGCCUCGAUGGGACCAGAAGACUUCAAGCCUCACAGCUACGGAUACUCGUGGGCCUUCUACGUGGCGUGGUUCGCCUUCACCGGCGUCUCCACCCUCAACAACUACACCAAGAAGGUGCUGAUGGCGGCGCCGCGGCCCGGCUCCGGCCUCCUGCCGCCUCGCUCCGCGGCGGCGCCGGCCGGGCCCCCGUCUCCCCCCCGGAUCUCCCACUUGUCUCCCUACUACGAGCACUCCGGCUCCCUGCCCCUCCCCCGCGACCACUCCUUCCCUCCUCCCUCGCUCCACCGCCUCUCCCUCCCCUCUCCGUCGCCGCCGCCCACCCCGACCUUCUCCGUCCGCCCGCCGGGACACGAGGAGAGCCGCCGCGGGCCGGAGGAGUUCUACAGCAGGAGCGGCUUUUACAGACGUUUUGUUUCGGCCAAUCGAAACUUAACAAAACAUUUUAAGACCUUUUGAUCUUCGGUGAGAAGAAGAAGAAAAAACAACGUCGAUAAUUUGGUUGAAAAUCAAGUUUUAAUAAAGAUCCUUGUCAUUGCCUCCCAUAAUGAGCAAUAACAGUAGCAAAAAUAAAACAGCAUUAGACACAGAGAGCAUUCUGGGAAACAAGACGUAUUUACAAAUGAUAUCUCACGGGUCGCCUCGCACAGAGCAACCGCCAGGAAGAUGUUGUACGAGUGGAUUUACUGUCAUAAAACGAGGCUGGAGGGACUCAGGGUCUCUCAUAUAUUCUCAAAUAUUGUUUUUUGGAAUGGCCCGGACAGAAAAUGAGUUCAAGUCGGCCGCCGUGGUUGUCAUGACGACACUAGUACCCCUAAUGACAGAAUGUUACAGAACAAAAGCUGCUGUAUUAUUUUACUGAUUUCACAUUGACUCUCUCACACACACACACACACACACACGCACACACACACACACACACGGGUCACGUUUUUGUCACUGUGUUUGGUUAUUUAAAAUAUGAUCAGAGAAAUGAAAUAAACUAAUAAUAUAAC